AUGCUUCGAACUGUUCAAAGAACACCGCGAGUUGUGCCACUGCCAGCUGGAUCGCUAGCAAAAAUGGCCAAGCACUACGCUCCGUUUUCUGUCCGAAACAGUUGCCAGGUUGAAACCAUAAACUCGAAUGGGCUGGAGCUGAGCGCGAUGAAGGGAAACAACAAGUACUUUGGUCUGGAUCCCAGCAUACAUUACAACCACACUCUGAGAAUCUACCGCAACCAGAACAAGACCAAGGAAUACAUUCAGAAGAAUGACAUUUUUCUGUAUAUCCAGAAUUACUUGCUUCAUAAGGACCCUUUGCUAGAAAACCGAGUCGCUCUUAUCAUGCUCUCCUAUUAUUUCAAAUUGGAAGAGAAAAAGCUUGAAGACACAUGUGAAUUCGUGGAAUUCGAGAAGAAAGCUUUUGAUACACUCGAUAUGGAAUUGAACAAGCUCUUGGUGGAUAUGCGCAAAACCAUUAGAAUCGAAGCAAUGGGAUUAACUUGUCAGAAGAUGCUCAAAAAGUUCCAGAAACUUUUGCCAGUUCCGAUGAGUGAGAAGGAAAUGGAAGCACUUAUGGGGGUGCUCAAGCAUCUGUUCUCAUUGGCUCAAUGUACACAAAAGGAUGCUGAGAAUGUGUCAGUGCUGAUGUAUACGUACUGUGCGACACUGAUUCCAGGAGUGCAGAAGAUUGUGAAGCGAGACCACAGUGGUUUCUUCCUAAAAGCGAAUCGGUGA